AUUACUCCGUCUUCUUUUGCAUCUGUUCCCUUUUACCUUCCCUAAUCCUUAUCGUCCUUUGAAGCUCAAAUGGCUUUUCAGUACGACUUCCAGCCACCACUCCAACCACCGCCGCAGCAACAGACAUCCGCUCAGAUGCUUCCAUCCGAUAAAACUACUUUAUGGAUGGGCGAAUUGGAGCCAUGGAUGGAUGAAACUUUCAUUCGUCAAGUUUGGUACAAUCUCGGUGAACAAGUACUGGUGAAACUUAUUAGGGACAAGGUUACGGGUUCGGUAUAUGCUUUUGUUGAUUUCUCAAAUCCCCAAACUGCUGCAAAGGUCUUGGCAACCGUAAAUGGUAGUCUCAUACCAAACACUCACAAAGUCUUCAAGUUGAAUUGGGCGUCCGGGGGCGGCUUGAACGACAGAAGAGAGGACAGAGCACCUGAAUAUAGCUUGUUUGUUGGCGACCUGAGCAAUGAAGUUUCGGAAUUGAUGUUGCUGGCUAUCUUUCAAAGUCGAUAUGUAUCAUGCAAAUCCGCAAAGAUUAUGACCGACCCAAACACUGGAAUGCCAAGAGGUUAUGGAUUCGUCCGCUUUCAUGAUCAGUCCGAACAGCAACGUGCCUUGAUUGAGAUGCAGGGUGUUUACUGCGGCAGUCGACCUAUGAGAGUAUCGAUGGCGACUCCGAAAAACAGUAAUCGCAAUCAUGCAGCCAUUCUUCAGCAGCAACAACAAAUUAUGAUUCAGCAACAUCAGACUACACCUCCUGCUGUAAUGCAACAACAAUUCCAAGACCCUAACAACACUACAGUUUUUGUUGGUGGCCUUUCAUCACCUGUCAAUGAAGAUGAAUUACGUCUUGUUUUCUCGCCUUUUGGAGAAAUUACCUAUGUCAAAAUUCCAGCUGGAAAAGGGUGCGGUUUCGUUCAAUAUGUUCACCGUGCAUCUGCUGAAAUUGCCAUACAGCAAAUGAAUGGAUUCCAAAUCAAUGGUUCAAGAAUCAGAUUGUCGUGGGGCAGGUCCCAAAGUGACAAAACCAUUUCUCAAUUACAUCAACAACCACCACCGCCUCAAGCACCACAGCAGCGCUCUCAGCUCGCUCAACCAUUACCAUCAGCAUCUUUUGUUCAACAGCAACAACAACAGCCCCAGCCUUUAAUGCCUGCCGUUUUUCGUUCCCCGCAACAACAACCAAUCAAUUUUGCUCAACCCUCAUUGACAUCUGCGUACUCGCCUUACUCUGGAAACUCCAGCACCACUAUGAAUCGCAACGCUUUAUUGUCACCUACACAUGUACCAUCCAAUUUCUUGCAAUCUCAGCAUCUUGAUACAUUUGACUUACUCAAUCGCCAGGCCGAUAUGGGUUGGCCCGAUGUCAGCAAAGGAUUGCAAAGCGUCAGUGGGCCCACUAGUGCCAGUAAGGAAUCUAGCGACCCUGAUCCUAAUUGGCGCAUUAAUGGUAUUUAUGCCCAGUGAUGCAAGCAACAAAUUCUCGUUCUUCCUCAUCUACUCUAUUAUUCCUUUGCUAUUACUUCCGUUCUGCUCUGAAAAUAUCUUUAUCUGCAUCUUUUCUUUUUCAUCUCUUUUUUUCCUCUUCCCUU